AUGAAAUUAUCAAUAUUUAUAUUAAUAAUAACAAUUGUUAUUAUUAAUUUUAAUAUCAUUAAUUCACAAGAUAUACUUUCAUUACCAUGUAUAAUCAGAGAUCAUACACCACAAAGAAAUCCAGACUUUGAAAUACCAGAUCCACCAAGUAGAGUGAUCACAAAUAUUGUCCAGGAGUUGUUGGGCGAUAAUAGGAAACCAGUUUAUUGUUGUGGUGAUAAGCCUUGUGAUUUGUUCGCAGUGCACAAUCAGACUACGUUCAACUCGUGGUUUAACAAUGUGGACAAUGUCAACAUACCCAUCCAGAUGAAGUUGGAGCUGGUCCAGAACGUGUCCAGUCCCAACGUGUACGUCUACCGCAACGACCACUUCUUCCCCAUCAAUGGCAUGGGCUGGGACGCGCCAGGCGCCGAGGCCAACCACGUGGCCUACAAGGACACAAGCGGCGCCGUCCAGAACUACCACUUCUGUCUCGAGCUGCACGCCCGCUUCACCUACAAGGGUGGCGAAGUGUUCAACUUUGUCGGCGACGACGAUGUCUGGGUGUUCAUCAACGGCAAGCGUUACAUUGAUCUGGGUGGCCCACACUUGCCCGCCAGCGGCAACUUCUCGUUGGACUCGCUGGGUCUGAGAAAGGACGUCGAUCAUCUGUUUGACUUCUUCUACUGCGAGCGACACUCUACCGAGUCACAUAUUAUGGUGUCCACUUCGAUGGAGCUCAAGUGUGGCUAUCUCGACUACUGUGGAAUCUGCGAGGGCACUGGCUCCACGUGUUGCAGUGCCAACAUGUGUGAUGACAAUGAUCCAUGCACGGACGAUAGCUGCCCACCACCAAACACACCGCUUCCACCAGGUGCCUCCAAGUUUGACCCGGUCACAAUGUGCGUCCACAAGCAGAAGACCUGUCCAGGCAGCACGACCUGCUCCAAUGCCGUGUGCAACAAGCUGAGCCAAGACUUUGAGUGUGUCAACGUGACCAAGGUGUGCGACUUCAUACCAUGCACAGUGAGCCAAUGCACUGAGGAGGCGCACGGAUGCAAAUACGUUGACCUGUGCGACCCACCUUCCACCUGCAAGACCAAGGUAGGCUGCGUCGUCAGCAACUCCACAUGCAUCUACGAGUACAAGAACUGUGACGACGGCAACCUAUGCACGCAGGACAUGUGUGACGAUAAGGUCGGCUGCCAGCACAUCCAAAAGGUGUGCACGGACAACGACCCAUGCACCAACGACAUGUGCAACGUGACUACCGGCCAGUGCGUGUUCCAGCCAAUCCCCGAGUGCAAGCCAUGCAGCGAUACUGCCUGUGUGCCUCCCAACAAGUGCACCAAGGUGGAGUGUGACCCACUCAAUCCAGGCAAGUGCAUCACCACUCCACUGUGCAAUGACAACAACGCCUGCACGGACGACCAGUGCAACAGCGAGGGCAAGUGCACCUUUGUGUCCAAAUGCGUGUCCAACGAUACUUGUUUCUCGACCUCGUGCAAUGAGACGUCGGGCCAGUGCAUCACCAAGCAGACAAUGUCCUGUGACGACCUGAACCCAUGCACAGCAGACUCGUGCGCCAACGGCAAGUGCUCCAACACGCCAAUAGUGUGCGACGAUCACAACCCAUGCACGAUCGACAAGUGUGACGCUUUCCUUGGUGGCUGCCAAUACAUACCGGUCGUAUGCUCGGACCAGGAUUCCUGCAACCUCGGUGUGUGCAAUGUCCAGACAGGUCAGUGUGAGGUCAAGCCAAGAAUAUGUGCCACUCCCAACUUCUGUAUCACAGCCGUAUGUGAUCUAGGUGCUGGAGGUUGUAUCCAAUACAACAAGACCUGUAUCCCGGACAACUCUGAUUGUCAAAAGGGUGUCUGUGACUUUGACAAACAAGAGUGUCAGAGUAGAAACUAUGAUCCACUACCAUUCCGUUGUCAAUCUGCUGGAGUCAAGGCUGGUGUGGCAGUUGGUGCUGCAGCCAUUGCAGGUAUUGUGGUGGGAGCUGUUGUUGCACUGAGUUUGAUGAUCUUUGGUGGCAAGAAGGGAUAUGACUAUUGGAAGUUGAACAAGGAGGCUAAGAUGACAGUGAGUUCAUCCAAUCCUUUAUACACCAACAAUCCGAAUCAAGGUACCAAUCCAUUCUAUGGUGAGCAA